AUGUCCCUCGACGACACAACCUCAUCUGCCAGAUACCUCAACCUCUUAUCUCAACUUAAUCCACAGUCAUUAUCAGACCCUCUGCUAUUUCAAGAUAGCCUAUAUUCUCUUCUCAAACAAGAUCAGUUGGCAUGCAAGGACUCCAAUAAUAAUCUGGUUUCCCAACUCAAACAGCAACUCACGGAAUCACAGCACGCUGUCGCUAGUCUGCAAGCUGAUAGACUUAGGUUGAUCAACAAGAAUGCUGGCCUUAAUUCUGCUUGCCAAGCGUUAUAUUCUGUAGCCUCGACAUCAUCAUCUUUAUCCCAAUGGGACACCUCGAACAUCAUUGCCAAUGAGCAAAAACCUUUGUUAGUGGGUGAGAUAGUCGCUGAAGAAUCCGAUCGAGAACUUGACUGGAAGGACUAUCCAUUAAUUCAAUCGUGGACGAAGAAGGAAUGGCAGGUACAAUAUCCGAAAAGCACAUCAGCGGAACCUGAAAGUUCUGGAAGCACCUCUCGAGGAUCUGGGUACAUGGCACAAGGCAUUAAUGUGUCAUGCACUUACUUGCAGGACGAGAAAGGCAUGCCUGUCUCGGCUGAUUGCACCAAGAGCAUCCACAACCACAUGCUCUCUAGCUUCCGGCAACUUCAUGCCCAAGGCCUCGCACCAGUGUCUAUCGGCCAAGCCUCAUUGCUAGUCUUGCAUUGGCUCACUCACACACUAUGCAAAGCAUACAUUGAAUUUCAUUUAUGCGCUGACAACUGGAAGGCAAUGAAGCUUAUGACUGACAAUUACUCUCAAUGGUCCACCUAUCAUGUCAAGGGAAAGAAAACUAGCAAGCGCAUUAAGGCCGAGCCUGGUGAACAUACAAGCACAUUGGCAAUCCCUCAAAAGCACACCUGCGACACUGACAACGAACUCGAAGCAGAACAUACCAAGAAGCGAGCACAAAUCGAUUCAGAUACUACAGAGGUAGUAUCCCAGCCUAUCACCGAGCCUCCUACUAGUGGCACCAAUGAAGUGAUACCUGACAUACUGCGACACCCCUCACUCGAGUGUGAACUAACACCACCACCCAGCACCAAUAAAGGAAAAGACAAAGAGGUACCUAUUGUAGAGGUCAAGAACCCACUGAAAGCUCCUACCACUUCCAUUGACUCUUCAACUUCAUCUUCGACUUCUUCGACUUCUGGAGACAUUCACACUGCUAUUACACCACCAUCCAAUGGCUCUACAUCUGUUUCUAUACCAGAUGGACCUUCAAGUACCGAUACUGCCUCUCUCGCUGUGAAGGUGGAACUCCUGGCCACCAAUAAGAAGUCAACACCCAUCACGGCUGAUUCGAAACCUAGGCCCGAAGCCAUCAAGAAGCGCCAGCCAAGCACAAAGCCUAUGCGUGUGAGCGCCAAGAUAACAGCACAGAACCUUUGCGCUCUCGACUGGCAAAUGAACAGACAUCAGAGGGAUCCUGCAAGUGUCUUUGCGAUGUACUGGAACAGUUUGUCGAACACCGACAAAGAGGUAUACAAGCACAAAGUGGUCCUACAGUUCAACUCAUCUGGAGCCGUUCAAGAGGGUGGUACCGGCGAUGAUGCGGACGAGGAGUAG